AUGGCAACAUUCUCACUGCUGGAAGUGCUCUUAGAGAGAAGUGGAGUGUCUUCAGCAGGGGAGAAGAUGAGGACCUUCGGUAAGGGAAGCAGUCGUCAAGCUUCAAACACCGGUGUGGUGCCGGCUGAAGGCUUUCUGAUGCUUAAGUCAGCUAUGAGUGGUAAAUUUGGCAGAGUAACAGUAAAGGGAAGUGAAAAUGGGAGCCUUGCACAAAGUUUCAAUGUGGGACUUUGUGCAAGUUGCUGUGGUCGUGACACGUGUCCUUGGAGAUUAGGUUCGGCAGUCAGGAGCUUCGGGAGGUAUCUGCUGCUACGGAAGAGUUUCUUUCUUCAGCAGGGAAGAAGGCGUGUCUGCCUUGGUGCUAGUCGUUUUGAGGCUGGAUAUGCUUGGUUGAUUAUGGUGUAA